AUGGCUUGUGCAACAUGCUGCGUCUGGGCUGGUUCCCAGAACGAGACAGUCAUUGACGGGUCGAUGGUCAAGGAGGGUAUUGCGCCAACGGCACCUGCGCUCCCAGAGAACGCCUUCGUGGUGCAGCUGCAGAAAGGCAUGGUGAAGGGAGGCAAUGCGCAGCACGGCUUGGUCCUGGAUUUGGCAGACGAGGAUGUCUGCAUCGUGAAGGAGGUUGAAGGAGGCCUGGCCGGGGCCUGGAACUCCACGUGCGAUGAGUCCAUCAAGAUCAAGCCCUUCGACCGGAUCAUCCGUGUAAACGGCGUGUCGGGAUCCAGCCGGGAGUUGGCGCAGAUCUUGAUUGCCACCCGGCUUUUUCUUUUCUCCCGGAUCUGCACGUGA